AGCGAAGAGGCAAGCAGAAAUGCUCACUAUCCUUCACGGCGCGGUCUUCUCCAAGCUCCUUCAGGGCCUUAACGGCUUCGAUGGCGACACCUGGGUCUGGUCUGGUCACGAUGGUGACUGGAUCUACCAGGGAGGUCCUGACACCUCGGCCGAGCGCCAUGAAGUUUACUUCAACCAGUAAGUUCAUGAAGCCCAUCCUGUCGUUGCCUCUGCUGUGCGUACUUGAUGGAUACCGGGGUUGAAAAAAUGAUAAUUGUCUAUUUGCUAUUGUCUUGAUAUGUUUCAUUAGCCGUAGAUAGCUGAAAGUCAAAUGAGAAUCUUUGAAGGAUGUCAGAGCGUGCCUGCGAGCAAGUUCUAUGUACUCAAAACGUUGGGCUGUUGUCCCAGCCUGAAUGCAAGCAAUCGGGUGUUGGACCAUGACCUUUUGGGAUCCAUAUUGUUCAGUUUGGUCUCUGUGUCGUGGAACAUGAGCACUUUACCUUGAUUUGUUGUUACGAAUGACUUUCG